AGAGCCCUAUAAAUGCUGGGCCUGCUCCUUGCUGUCCAACCCCUCUGUGUGGCUCCUGGGCUUGGUGAUAGGAGGUGUCGGGGAAGCUCUCCUUCUGAACGUGCAAACCCUUGCUUCUCCAUUGCUCAGACAGAGUGCAGGAAGAUGGCGGACCAAAUGUCGCAGAUGGAAUGCAGCAUAGAAACCAUUAUCAACAUCUUCCACCAGUACUCGGUGCGGCUGGGGAACCGGGACACCCUGAACCAGAAAGAAUUCAAACAGCUGGUGAAAAAAGAGCUGCCAAACUUUCUCAAGAAGCAGAAGAGGGAUGAGAAAGCCAUAAACCACAUCCUGGAAGACCUGGACACUAAUGUGGACAAGCAGCUGAGCUUCGAGGAGUUCUCCAUGCUGGUGGCCAAGCUGACGGUAGCUUCUCACGAGGAGAUGCACAAGACCGCCCCCCCGGGAGAAGGCCACCACCACGGGCCAGGCUUCGGGAGCAGCAGCUCAGGCCCAUGUGCCGGCCAGGAGACCCAAACCCCCGGGGGCCACGGCCACGGCCACAGCCAUGGCGGUCACGGCCAUGGCCACAGCCACUAAUCAGGAGGCCAAGCCAUGCACCCCUGUCCACCUCGGGGCACGAGGCUGCCGUGCCGCACUGCCUUCGCUGCAGGGCAGGGGGCUGGGGGCGAAAUAAAGUCUCCCUCUGAGCCA